GAUCGCGAACCGAGCGGACAUAUAGGGUCCGGUUUCUAAUAACUAGCGGAAAUGGUGUCGAUAAGCCCAGUUCUAGAACAAGGACUUUACGCGAACUAAAAUGAUCAAAUAAAAACUAUUUUAUGCAUGAAAAGAGAGAAGUUCACUUUUGAAUUGUGUCAUUUCUAACAUGACGAACAUUAAAUAUGAACUGAUUCCAACGGAGGAGGAACUGCCUAGUAAAAAGAGAGCUCCGAAAUGGCUGGUCAAAAUAUGCUUUAUAAUUGUGGUGCUCCUUAUUUUAGCUUUAUACAAUCUGAGUACGGCAAAGUAUCAGCAUGAGAAUAGCACAGUGCUUUUUCCCAGUGAUCCUCGGGAACCUUUGUUGGAGAGGAGUACAGUCAAUAAACAAAGUACCUUGGAUACCGCAUAUGAGACCAGUACUAUUAGUUCUAUUAAAGUGUAUGAGACUACCAAAAAUGCAGUAUUAAGUGAAAAUGGAGUUUUCACAGAGGAGCAAACUGAGAAGAGUACAAAAGCCCUUGUGGAGGAUUUUACAGAGUCAAGCACUUUGCCACAGAUGGAUGAAGAAUCGACCACAGAAGCCUUAUAUCCAUUGGAAACGAAAUCUGGAGUAAAAUACUUCGUCAACAGCCCCCAGUGCCAGAUGGGCCAUCCGAAUGCCUUCGCCAGGAACAUUCUGAGUAUCUUCAAGAGACAUCACUAUAUAGUGUGUGAUGGGAGCAGCGACAUGAUCACAGUGAACUUCAACGAGACGGACAGCACCUACAGGCUGCACCAGAACGAGAACAGCACCUGCUGCUUCAAGCAGAUCCUGCGAGCGGGAGUUUCAACCAUGGCGGAUCACAAGUACAAGCUUGGUCCGUGCGUGGAAUUCCAGCAGGACUUCCUAGUUCCCACCGAUGUGACGGCCAUGAUCACGUAUUGCCGCCGGCCUCCGUUCGACAAGGUGUCGCAAAAGGAUGCCUUUAGCUUUGUGCAUCCGCAGAGGGAGUUCAUCAGAGACCCCACUGCGGAUAAAAGACCUAGUGUUUUGCUCUGGGGCAUCGACUCCAUUUCCCGCAUGACUCUGGAGCUGUCGAUGCCCAGGAUGUAUGAGUACCUCAACGCGCAACAUUGGUACGAGCUCCAGGGCUACAAUAAGAUGGGCGACAACACCUUUCCAAAUCUGAUGGCGGUUCUCACGGGAUUCAACAAAACCCACGCCAACGAUCAGUGCCAACCCGACAAGGUGGGUGGCCUGGACGCCUGCCCGCUCAUUUGGAAGGACUUCAAGGCGAAGGGCUACACAACUGGCUUCGCCGAGGACUGGAGCGCCUACUCCACCUUCGACUAUUCCAGCAGGGGUUUCCUCCGCCCGCCGACGGACAUGUACGGCCGACCGCUAAUCCUGGCCGUGGAGCGGGAGCUUAAGAUGACGGUCCAGAGUCAACUGCCCUUCUGCCUGGGACGCAAAUCCUCUUCCGAGUACAUCUACGACCUGGGCGUCCAGUUCGCCAGGGUCAACCGGAAUCGCACCUUUUUUGGCAUGCUGUGGACCAACACCUUCAGCCACAAUGACUUCACCAUGCCCUCGGCCAUGGACGAGAAGAUGGUGAAGUACAUGCGCACGUUGGACAGAAACGGCGUAAUGGACAACACCAUCAUCAUCUUCUUCAGCGACCACGGCUCGAGAUUCGGACCACUGAGGGUGCUGGACAGUGGUUUCGUGGAGGAACGACUGCCCUUCAUCUAUAUCCGUGUGCCGCGUUGGAUUCGCGAGAAGUAUCCGAAGUUUGUGCAAAAUCUGCAGGUGAACAGGAAUCGCCUCACAUCUCCAUAUGAUAUCCAUGCCACGCUGCGGCACAUCCUAGAGUUAGACACUCCAACAGAGAAGCUUCCUCAUCCCGAAGGCUGUCCCACCUGCCAUAGUGUCUUCGAGGAGAUGGCCUGGUCCAGGAACUGCUCCCAGGCGGGGAUUGAGGACCACUGGUGCGCCUGCGAUACCUUCUCCAAGGUACCCACAACGGAUCCCAGUGCCAGGAGUAUGUCCACUCAGCUGGUGGAGGCCAUCAACCAGUUUGUGGCUGGUAAAAAGGGAACGAGACGAUGCCGUCGGCUGAAAGUGGACCGAAUAUCCUCGGUGCAGCAGAGGGGCACCUCGGAUCAGUACCUCAUCCAACUAACUGUCCAGCCUAGCAGCGCCAUCUUCGAGGCCACGGUUAAGUGGGAUGCCAGUGCCGGAGUGAUCUCUAUCCGGGUGCCCAGCAUCAGUCGCCUGGACUCCUACUACGGGACGUCACACUGUUCCUCGGUUAAGGAGACCAAAAAGUUCUGCAUCUGCUGAGUUCCAGGUCGAAACUCUGGGCAACCGCAAGACCGCACAAAAAAGGACUCGUUACUCUAAUCUGUCGGAUCUCGGGGCCUUUGUUCCUGGAUGGUACGGAGGCCUAUCACUAGGGUUGAUCUUUCGGAGGAUGGCUAGUUGCUGGCAACUGUUUUGGCAAGCGUAAUUGCGGCCAGCCGAUUGUGCGAAUGGAAAAUUAGUUGACAAUUACAUGACAAUUGGCAGAUAUCCGGGUAAUUGCCUUGUGAUUAGUAAAAGAUACCAGCACAAAUUCAUUUUAAUCUCUGCAAACAUUUUUGUGUACUGCCAAAAUUGCAUUUUUAAAACUUUUUUAUAAUUAAUCCUAUUCCAAAAAGCUGAAGUGAUUAAAUUAUAUCUGUAAUAAAUAGAGAAUUAAAAAGAAAUCUUGCUUGAAAUCUUGUCCAAA